AUGCAGUUAAAUGGAGAAAACUCAUCAGAGGCUUCUAGGCUGCUUGAAAAUGUACAAAGCAACUAUCAAUCCAGAGACAAUUACGACUGGAAUGUAGAGAUAGACGUCAAAGGCCAAGUGAACACAGGCCCAGAAGAAGAGUUUACUGCAUUUUCAUUCAAUAAAUUGCUCCAAUACACAGGCCCUGGAUGGCUCAUGGCCAUUGCAUAUUUGGAUCCCGGAAAUCUUGAAUCUGAUCUCCAAGCUGGCUCUGUUGCUGGGUACAAGUUGCUAUGGCUAUUGUUCUGGUCUCAUGUUGCAGGUUUAGCCAUUCAAAUUUUAUCACUGAGAUUGGGCGUGGUGACACAGAGCCAUCUUGCUCAACUCAUUCGACAAAACUACAGCAGACCAGCAUCCGUAGCUAUUUGGCUGUUUACACAAUGUGCCAUCAUCGGAUCAGAUAUUCAAGAAAUCAUCGGCACAGCGAUUGCACUUAAAAUCUUGUUUUCGCUGGAAUUAUGGGUAGGCGUCAUGAUCACAGCGACAGACACAUUUCUCUUCAUGUGGCUACAGCAGUAUGGUGUGCGCAAGAUUGAAGUGUUCUUUAUGACCCUCAUUGGCGUAAUGACUGUAUGCUUUUGGCUGGAAAUGUUUGCUUCACAGCCCAGUAUUGAUCUGAUCCUGCAAGGUAUUUUGGUGCCUGAGAUCCCUGCUGAAGCAACAACGCAAGCAGUGGGUAUGGUGGGUGCUGUGAUUAUGCCACACAACAUGUUCUUGCACAGUGCUCUUGUGAUGUCUCGUUAUCUCGGCACGACGCCUACAGAGAACAAAAAGCGAGAAGCCAACUUUUACUUUGCCAUUGAAUCUACAGUAUCGUUGCUUGUGUCCUAUUUGAUCAACUUGGCUGUUGUCGUUGUCUUUGCUCAAGUAUUCUAUAAGCCUGGUCAGCCCAUCACACAGUUGCCUGGCUUGUAUGAUGCGUCUGAAGUGCUCUCAAACACGCUGGGUAGAAAUGCCAAGUAUUUUUGGGCAUUGGGUCUCUUAGCGGCUGGUCAGUGCUCCACAAUGACGGGUACAUUAGCAGGCCAAUAUGUUGUGGAAGGGUUUUUAGGAGCCAUCUUUAAGAAGCAAUGGCAUCGUGUUGCAUUAACUCGCGCAGUUGCACUUGUGCCCAGUAUGCUGGUCGCUGUAUUAGCUGUAGAUCGAUUUGAUACAAUGGGCGAGUUCUUGAAUGUGCUUCAGAGUUUGUGCCUUCCUACAGCUGUGAUACCCAUCCUGAAACUGACAGCAUCGCAGCGAGUGAUGACCAAGGUAUUCAAAAACUCAACGAUUACCAAUGUUGUAUGUUGGGCCAUUUCAUUUAUUGUGAUCGGUUUCAAUGUCUAUCUUGUUAUCGACUACUUGGAUGAUCUGCAAUGGCCCCUGUAUGCCAUGGUGCUCUGUAUCAUGUACUUUUCUUUUGUUUUGUACUUGAUUUACAAACCCCUCGAGAUUUCUGACACCAAGGAGAUGGAUCGAGAUGCAGUAUCAGAACAAAGCCUGUAG